AUGCGCCUCCAUCUCAACCUCCCCACUGCUCUCAUAGCCACCCUCUCUGUAGGGACCCUCAUCUCUGCUGCUGCAGUACCCCAACCAAUCGCCGACACCGACGUUAGUGAGGCCCACAAGCUCCUCCCCCGCACCGCUUAUUUCCGUGUAUGGAUACAAAACUGCCGCUCCAACUUCGUCAUCCCCAGCUCUGGUGGCCAGGUGCCCGAAUACUACUACUAUGUCGUCGCGCCUGAUGAGGCAUCCAACACAUGUGGUGCCGGUUCGGUCGACGGGAACCCCCUGCCCGGUACCCAGUUUACCAGUCAGCAGCCGUGGGUCCACGGGUGGGCGAACUUCAUCUACAAACCCAACAAUGGCAACUGGUGGAACAUCUACUUUGUGACGGAUCAAUCGAAGGCGGUUGUGUGA